CUCUCAGUUUCACAGUAGCAGCAGCAGCAGCAGCAGCAACCACCGUGAGGACGACACGCUCUGCAGUCAAGAUGAGUGCUGGGGAUGUGGUCUGCACCGGCUGGCUCAUUAAAUCCCCUCCGGAGAAGAAAUUAAAGAGAUUUGCGUGGCGGAAACGCUGGUUUGUGCUUAGAAGAGGCCGCAUGAACGGCAAUCCCGAUGUGCUGGAGUACUACCAAAGUAAUAACUCCAAAAAGCCGAUCCGCACCAUCGACCUGAGAGAGUGUGAGGUCGAAAUGCUCAACGGGCAGCUCAGGAUAAAGAGAGACUUCCACGGGAAGCACCUCUUUGUGGUCAAGACCUCAUUCCGUGCUUUUUACCUGGUGGCCAAAACUGAGGAGGAGAUGAACAGCUGGAUCAGUAGUAUCAGUCAAAUUUGCCAGUUUGGGAGCCUGGAGGAUGCAGAGAGCUCAGAAGAAGGCUUUCCUCACACCCCCACAUCAACUCACCCGUCCCCCAACAGCUCUGACCGACUGUCUUUAUCAAGCCAACUAGAUGCAGGUCACCCGCUGGACUACCUCAUCCUCUCGCAGUGUGAGACGGGGAGUGUGAGCACUAGUAGACAUGACAGCUUUUCAAACUCUGAGAUCUCUCUGGAGCAGAAGUCAUCUGACGAAGGCGUGAAGGACUUUCUCCCCUCGCCUCUUUACACCGAUUCCUCGUCCUCCAUUUUUCAUGCCAGCCCCAGUCCGUCUCUUCUCCACCACGGAAGGUCGACUAACCCCCCCUUCAGUGCUCCGUGCCCUUCCAUGGCUCUGCCGUCAUCCUCUUCCUCUCCACUACGUCACUGUGCCACAAGUGUCUUCCAGUUUGACAAACCGUAUUCCCCUGCGUCGUGCGAGGCCACGAGUGACAGACAAACGCCUCCGCCGCUGCCACCCAAGUCUAAUCUCCUGUCAGAGCAGCUGAGUGAUGACGGAGCUCACAGGCCGAGGGCAACCAGUGCACAGCAUUUCUCAAACCACGCUGCGUUAUUCCUCCGGAGGACCUCUUUGUCAAGCCUGGACCAUUUCAGAAUAGCAAAUGCCGAUAGCAGAGCGAUGAGGAACAGGAGGCAGAGUCUUAAUCCGCAGCCUUGUUUAAAUACCACGCGGGUUCAAAGCUACCAGGACGAGUCGUACGUCCCCAUGGCUUCCCCGACUGCCUCUGUUACCCCCACUGAAUGUGACGGUUACAUCCCCAUGAGCCCCAGGAUGCUCAGUUUCGCCAACACAAGCUGCAACGCUGAGUCCUCCCCGACUCUCGGUUCCCUAACGUGCCAAACUGGAGAUCUUGCGCCGCCUCCCGUUCACCGGCAUCUCAAGCCUCGCCUGAGGAGAGCUCGACCUCCGCCUCUUGACUUGAGAGGCCUCUCUACAAUCACAGAGUGUCCCACUCAUCUUCCUUUGAGCAGAGCACUGAAUGAAUCCUGCUUUUUAGCGAACUGUUUACCCCUUGAAAGAAGACUUGAGAACGGGGACAAUCCAAGAGAUGAAGACACAAACUGCACUGCAAUGGAGUCCAGGCUCCCUUUCUGUCUCACCUUCGAUGGAGCGGCUCAGCCCUGGGCGAGAAGAUCAAACCUCGACUAUUUAUCACUGGAUUUCAAUUCUGCAUCCCCCUCUCCUGUACAGAAGCAGAAGCCCUUUCUGUCUGAUGAGCACAGAGUAGAUUACGUGCAGGUGGAUGAGAAGAAGACUCAGGCGCUGCAAAACACAAAAAUGGAGUGGACAGAUGUCCGGCAGUCAAAAACAUAAAUGGAACAUACAUCCGGGAAAGAGAAAAAAUCAGGAACACUUUGUUUAAAGAAGAACAAUAACACCAGCGAGGAGGACCAGAAAACAGAUUUAAACGCACUUUGAAAAAUGGUUUGGGAAAUAAAAGUACAAGAGUUGGUAAGCAGUUUAAUGCUUGUAUAUGGGCUGGAAACACCAAAUUGCACUGAAAAAAACGUUUUCUCUCAAGAGAUCAGUAUGGUAAAUAAAACCAGAUUUUGCACUGUAACUAUUUUUACUGUAGCAUUACGUUUUACCAAAUUUUUAAAAAUGGCAUAAUUUUUCUUCAUUGUAAAUAAACACGUUAGACCUGCUGUAAAUGUAUGUAUAGUGAAUGUGACUGUAAAUAAGACAAAUAUUUUAAUGAUGACAUGUUUUACAGCUUCCUCCGUCUUCUGCUCUUUCUGUGACCCAUAUUGAAGAUGAUUUCCACUUGUUUUGGUGCUGUCAUUACUCCAAGAGAUUCUGGACACAAGUCAUAGACACUGUUUCCUGAACAUACCAACAAACCUUAUUGAGGCUUGAAAAUGUUAACUUUGGUCAUACCGAUUUGAAGGGAGAUGACUUUUUUUUUGUGACGAGACAUAUCUUAAUUCUAGCUAAAUAUCACAUCCAUCAGUCAAAAUUCAAAGGAGACAAACCAUCAUUAUCUGUUGUCAUGAACAACAUCAAUGUUUUUUGGAUAUUUUUUUAUUUAUUAGUUUUGGUUAUUUAUUUAAUUGUAUAAUGUCUUUUCUCCCUCUGUCUUCCCCCACUGGCAUUUUCUAAGGUCUAUGCGCUGUUGAGUACAAAUAAAGUUUAUAUAUUUUUUAAAUAAUAAA